AUGGGAUACAACUUAUGCCGGAAUAACUCUUCCUUCCAAUGGAUGCCAUUACAACCAAUACCAGUGGAUAGAACAUUGAUCAUUAAAAUUUUAUGCAUCAUCUAUAGUGUGUUAAGUAUAUUUGCUCUUCUGUGUAAUGGUCUUGUUUUGGUAGCCAUUGUACGUGAUCGUCAGAUUAGCCCUAAAUUUUCGAAUGCAUUAGUUUGUAACUUAAUUAUGAGUGAUUUUCUGCUUAGUUUAGUCGCUUUACUGACGUUUAUCUUGGCCUUUCUCUUUGCAUCACCUAAUACUUAUCCCCAAGGAUUGGCUGGCCAAUUAUUCUGCUAUAUCAUUCGUUCUAAAUUUGCUAUUUACAUGCUGAAUGCAGUCUCAGUAGCGACUAUAGCAGCCAUCAGCAUCGAGCGCUAUAUUGCUGUCCUUCGGCCAUUAAAUUAUAAAAAAGUUUGCACAGUCGCCAGGAUUAAAUGGGUCAUUGUCGCUAUUUGGCUGAUGCAACCGAUUCUAACUUCUGAUUAUAUUCUCAGCGUUUCUUUUCAUUCAAGCAAGAAUAAAACCAAUAAAAAAGUGGCAAGAUGCUUACUGGCAAAAUAUCAUUAUUUACCUCAGUCUAAUCACUUUCUAAGAGUAAAUCAUUUGCUGUUAGCUGCCACCUUAACCUUAUCCAUGAUCCGUUUCUUGUUGCCGCUGCUAAUAACAACAUAUUCUUACCUUAAAAUAGGCCAAAACUCUCAUUUACAUAAUGAAGCCCUUUAUCAUCGACAUCGAACUUACUCUUCGACCUCUAUUGCUAUACGUCGUUUAACUCGUAUGGCAUCGGUAGCAACAGUCAUUUUAUUAUUAUGCUGGAUACCAAGGGAAAUUUACAUCUUAUUAAGCAGAGUGAUAGCUAUUUCGCAUAGCCAGAUUGUGGAUAAUAUUACCACAACUUUAGUCCUCUUGAAAUGCUGCCUGAAUCCAUUCUUAUAUGCCAUAACAAAUAAAACUUAUCGUCGAGCCGUUCUAAGAUUAAUUUUAAAACGACCAUAUCGUCGAGGAAACCAUCAUAGACCCGCAACAGUUCAUACUUCUGAACGCAAUAUUUUUCUAACAAGUACAAGUCUCGAUCAAAGCAAAGGUAUCAUCAGCAACUCAACCACGCUAUCCACAUUAGCUGGUAGUGUUAUAAGUGGUGGAAAUCAUCUUGAUAUUAAUACUUUACCUACUGGUCUAAGAAGAUGUGCCUGGGAAGCUCAUUAA